ACUAAAAUCCCCUCCCUCAAGCAACACCCUUUACACACACUCUCUCUCUCAGAAAACCUUGAAGAAAAUGGGUCAGGCUCCAUCUGGCGGGCUGAAUCGCCCGGGCGGCGACCGCAAACACGACGACGGCAAAAAAAAGGAGAAGAAAUACGAGCCGGCGGCGCCUCCCUCCCGCGUGGGCCGCAAGCAGCGCAAGCAAAAGGGCCCUGAGGCGGCGGGCCGGCUCCCCAACGUGACUCCUCUGACCAAGUGCAAGCUCCGCCUCCUGAAGCUGGAGCGCAUCAAAGACUAUCUCCUGAUGGAGGAGGAGUUCGUGGCCAACCAGGAGAGGCUCAAGCCCCACGAGGAGAAGAACGAGGAGGACCGCUCCAAGGUUGACGAUCUCCGUGGCACCCCCAUGAGCGUCGGCAAUCUCGAGGAACUCAUCGACGAGAAUCACGCCAUUGUCUCGUCCUCGGUUGGGCCCGAGUACUACGUCGGGAUCCUCUCGUUUGUGGAUAAGGAUCAGCUGGAGCCCGGAUGCGCCAUUCUUAUGCACAACAAGGUCCUUUCUGUGGUUGGGCUUCUUCAAGAUGAGGUUGAUCCCAUGGUGUCUGUGAUGAAAGUUGAGAAGGCUCCACUGGAGUCGUAUGCUGACAUAGGUGGGUUAGAUGCCCAGAUUCAGGAAAUCAAAGAAGCAGUGGAACUUCCUCUUACUCAUCCUGAAUUGUAUGAAGAUAUUGGUAUCAAACCCCCCAAAGGAGUCAUACUAUAUGGGGAGCCUGGGACAGGGAAAACUUUGCUUGCCAAGGCAGUGGCUAACUCAACAGCAGCAACUUUCUUGCGUGUGGUCGGAAGUGAAUUAAUUCAGAAAUACUUGGGUGAUGGGCCUAAAUUAGUCAGGGAACUCUUUCGAGUUGCGGAUGACCUUUCACCAUCAAUUGUCUUCAUUGAUGAGAUUGAUGCAGUAGGCACAAAAAGGUAUGAUGCACAUUCAGGUGGUGAACGUGAGAUUCAGCGGACUAUGCUGGAAUUGCUGAACCAGUUAGAUGGUUUUGAUUCAAGAGGAGAUGUCAAAGUAAUUCUUGCUACAAAUAGAAUUGAAAGUCUUGAUCCCGCCUUGCUGCGUCCUGGUCGAAUUGACAGGAAGAUUGAGUUCCCUCUGCCUGACAUAAAAACAAGGAGGCGCAUUUUCCAGAUACACACAUCAAGAAUGACAUUGGCAGAUGAUGUCAACUUAGAAGAGUUUGUGAUGACUAAAGAUGAAUUUUCUGGGGCUGAUAUCAAAGCAAUUUGUACCGAGGCUGGCUUGCUUGCUUUAAGAGAGCGCCGUAUGAAGGUAACACACGUAGACUUCAAGAAAGCCAAGGAGAAGGUGAUGUUCAAAAAGAAAGAAGGGGUGCCAGAAGGCCUCUAUAUGUAAAAGACAGCUAGUUCUGUCGAGGGCGGACAAACAUAUUCAUCUUUCUUCUUCCUUCUUCCUUCUUUUAGCUGUUGGUGUCAAAUUUACUUUACUUUUAACAUGAAAUAUUUUGUUGCAGUGGAAUUUUAAAGAGCGAUAUUGGACAA